GGAAAGCCAGCCAAACGCUUUGCGCGGCUCUAGUGCUUUCCCGCCGCCCGCCCCACAGCCAGCCAGGGAGAAGGGAGACGGCACCGGGCGGGCAGUGGGGCAGGCUGGCCAGCGGCCCUGCUUCUAGGGGUUGCAAUUGCCCCCUCCUGCCCCCCCUGCCUACGCCCAUGUUUCCACCCCCCCCACUUGUAUAAUAAAUUUUUAUUAAAAGUUUUCCACAUAAGAUACAAUAAAAAUCACACUAAUCUAAAAAAGAAAAACCGAAAAAAGAUGAAGAAAGGAAGAGAAUAAAGAAAGAAAGAAAGAAAGAGGAAAUUGCAAAGUCCGGUAUCAAAAUUAACACUGAUUCCGCACUCUUUCAGUCCCAGCAUCCACAUCCCAUUUGCUGGGUAGGUGUCCAAUGAUAAUUAAAGCUUUGGAUUAGCACGACACAAAACAGACAACUGCCGGUAAUUUUACAGUACAAGGCCUAGAACUCUACAGAGGUUUUCUGCUAAAGAUAGACUAGGGCUGUGGGUGGCUGUGUCUUACUCUAGGGUUCUAAGCUUACACCUGCAGUGCAAUAGUCAGAAGCUGUUCCACAAGGCAGAGGCAAAGACAAACUCCUAUUACGGUACUCUAUCAAACCUGGCCAAAUCAAGAUGACACACAUCUUUCGUUACUGAAGAAGGGCCCGAGGGCAGAGCACACGCAGUCCGAGAUGGCUCACAAAGCUAGGUCCAAGUUCAAGCACUGCCUCACCGGUACUUCCCGACUUUGAGGUGCUCUUUUGGGGAAGACGAGGAGAAAAUUCUAUUCACUUUUUGUGUCUUUGGAUGCAAUCAGUUUUGUGCAGUAUGUAUGUUGAGAUGUUUGUACCUAGUGCUAGAGUUGUCUGGAAGGGUGAUUUUGGAUGGUUCCAUUGGGUGUAGAAUCUUGAAUCACUUGCAGUUCAGUUAAUGAGGGCCAUAUUGUUAUACAUGUUAUAUAUCACAUAUGUCCAGUAUCUUGCACAUGUGUCAUUUCCAGAGUAGAAACUGCAUCUCACAUGUAUACUGUGAGAUACAUGUGUCAUUUUGCAGCAGGAAGCCCUGACUGGUGGAGGUCUCCUAUGGUGUGAAGCUGUGAUGAAACACUUGUGUGUGUUGAUUGAUUAGGACAUACGUUGUUUCCAAUAUGGAAAUUAAUCCUCGUGUUGGAAUUUUGUUGUAUGUGAGGUGACCCAGAGAUAGCAGUGUAAACCAGGGGUCAGCAACCUUUUCCAGCCGUGGGCCAGUCCACCGUCCCUCAGACCAUGUGGUGGGCCGGACUAUUUUUUGGGGGGGAAAUGAACGAAUUCCUAUGCCCCACAAAUAAGCCAGAGAUGCAUUUUAAAUAAAAGCACACAUUCUACUCAUGUAAAAACACCAGGCAGGCCCCACAAAUAACCCAGAGAUGCAUUUUAAAUACUGUAAAAGGACACAUUCUACUCAAGUAAAAGCAAGCUGAUUCUCGGACUGUCCGCGGGCCGGAUUUAGAAUGCGAUUGGGCCGCAUCCGGCCCACGGGCCUUAGGUUGCCUACCCCUGGUGUAAACUAUGUAGGAUCAUUGACAAUGAACAUGUUGUUUCUGGAAACGGGUAGCUGUAUCUCCACUGUGCUUGACUUCUUGGUGCAUUUUUGCACUGUGAUACUGUAAUACAGGGGGAGAAAACCUUUUCCAACCUAAGGGCCACAUUUCCUUCUGAGCAACUAUCUGAAGGCAGAGUGGUAGUAGUAGUAGGUUCUGUAUUUUGCAAUUCAAUUUUUCAGGUUUGGAAUCUUGGUAUUAUUACACAUGCUUCUUCCUUCUAACUGAAUUCGAAGAAUUUAGUAACAUGGUUUUUCCUUAAGCAAGCCCUUGGAGCUGGUAAUAUGGGAUCCGGUUAAAAGGAGAAUCACAGCACAGACAGUGUGUGUGAAAAUAGAUGAUGGGGAAACAUCAAAAGAGAAAAGAUGACCUCGCAUAAUUUGGAAGGAGAAGGGAGGAUAGAUUAAAGAGAGCUUUAUAGAGAACAUUCUGCCAACAUUAAAAUAAAAAAGUGGGUGGGAGGUUAGAGUGUGAGAAUAAUAAUUAUUUUAAUCCUUAGGUUGGUUUAAGAAAGAAGCAUAGUUUGCUCUAUAUUCUGACAACAGCCAGCCAGUGAGGACAUGUUCUCGUAUCACAACAUCAUGUACAGUAUUGAAUGUUGAUGUUGAUAUCUGUUUCAAAGGGGUUUCCCCCUCGUAAGUGCUCCAGAAAUUUCCUGUAUAUACUACCUUAGUAGCUAUUAACAAUAUAGCCCUGUAAGGCAGACCAGUACAGUGGUACCUCGGUUUAUGAACACAAUUGGUUCCGGAAGUCUGUUCAUAAACUGAAGCGUUCAUAAACUGAAGCGAACUUUCCCAUUGAAAGUAAUAGAAAGUGGAUUAAUCCGUUCCAGACCGGUACGCGGAGUACUCAACCUGAAGUGUACUUAACCCGAAGCAUGGGUGUAAUUGGUUCCGGAAGUCUGUUCAUAAACUGAAGCGUUCAUAAACUGAAGCAAACUUUCCCAUUGAAAGUAAUGGAAAGUGAAUUAAUCCGUUCCAGAUGGGUCCGCGGCGUUCAUAAACCGAAAAUUCAUAAACCGAGGUGUUCAUAAACCGAGGUUCCACUGUAUUCAGACUUGGGGCUCUCUAAGACAGCGUUUCUCAACCGCUGUUCCGCGGCACACUAGUGUGCCGCGAGACGCUGGCUGGUGUGCCACGACGUGCGGCGACGAGAAGGGCGAUUUCCGGCACACUAUUUCUCCUCCUCUUUCCCAAACCUCAGUGCAAACGAGCCUGGCGGCCGCCAAUACACAACACUAACCCGCCAGAAAGCAAUAUUUGGCAAGUGUUUCUUACAGUCAUAAUUAUAAUAUAGGGCGGCACAGAGUUAAUUUUUUAAACUUUUUUAAUGGUGGUGUGCCUCGUGAUUUUUUUCACGGAACAAGUGUGCCGUGGCCCAAAAAAGGUUGAGAAACACUGCUCUAAGAGACCCAGUGAGUUAAUGAUUGAGGUGAGAUUUGAAGUGUUCCUGCUCUUAACCCCCUACAUCACACUAUAUUUUAUUUAGUGAAACUUACUGUUGUGUGAGAUACCAUUAGGCUUAAUUUCAAGGGCAAGAAUAUAAUGCCGUAACAUAAUAAUGCAAAUACUGUACUGUGCUUGCAUAUUAUGUUACACACAAUAUAGUGCAGCAACAAGAGUUUUAGAUUUGGAAGGGGAAAACACAGAUUUAGUUCCCCCCCCCUUUCUUCUCUUUCCCUUGGCUUUGAAGCUCAUUCUGUGGGUUUGGGAAAGUCACUACCUACAUCGCACUGUGAGGCCAAAAAUACUAUGAAUUCUUUGGAAGAAGGGCCGGAUACAAAUGUCAUUAAUCACUGAAAGGGAUGUUAGGGAACGCUCCCGAUAUGGCAUUGCGUUGAAUUUAAAACAAAGAUUUUUCUUGACGCAAGGGAACUGUGUGGGCUUCCUCUGGUGCCCUCAUGUACUGUUUGCACUGCCUUCUGUCAGCGUUGUGUUGCUUUCCCACUCUAGGAUGAUGACACAAUGCAUUUAUAUCCUCCUGCCACUCGCCUGGCUUUCUUUGCAGCUGCUCUUAGUGGCAUAGCCUCCUUUCAUGCAGACAUACUGCUUGCUCUCGUCACACCCACACUGCUACCUUGCCUUAAGAUGCUAGCCUGGGGGAUGUUGCAGACAUGCAAGGGAUUGGCUGAUGUCCUUGCAUCAGUCUCGCAAUGCAGCAGACUGCAUUUACUCCCUCCACCCCUCCAACACAGGCUGCCACAGACAUGCUGUUGACGUUCCUUGUUUUGCAGUGGUAGCUGUCAAGUGUCUGUAUGCUAUGUGAAAAUAAUAAGGGAAAGAAACACAAAUAUUCUAUACAGGGCUGUGUGGUGAUGGGGAGGGGGAAUUCUUCCACUGUGCCUGCUGUGGAGGAAGAGACAAUUCUAACGAUUUUAGAAGCCCAAGGAAAUCUUUUUUUGUUUUUUUGCAUAAUAAUAAUAAUAAUGUGUUUCAGCUUAUGAAAAAACAAUGUAAUUCUUAAUUUCUUCUAAUUAUUGUUGCUUGCGUGGACUUACCUUCAACCCUAUGGGGUCAUGUCACAGAAUAAAAACAAGGCUGAGAUCAAUGUCCUUGCUUAACACUAUCGCUCUGUGAAAUAAAUUUUGUUUCUGUAUGCUGUCAUCUCCCUGGAAACCUACAAUGGGUAGGUGGCGGAGGGGGGAAGAGCCACACUCUGGUAGCUACGUAUGAGAUGAGUAGAACUAGCACACCAGUCAUUUAAAAAAGAAACAAGAAGAACACCAGAAUUGUGUGCACAAAAAUUAUCCAUAUUCUAGAGCAGGCUUCCUCAACCUUGGCCCUCAAGAUGUUUUUGGCCUACAACUCCCAUGAUCCCUAGCUAGCAGGACCAGUGGUCAGGGAUGAUGGGAAUUGUAGUCUCAAAACAUUUGGAGGGCCGAGGAUGAGGAAGCCUAUUCUAGAGGCUGUAUCUUCUGCUAAACGUACACAAAGUAGGUCCAUUGAAAUAGAUGGACACGACUAGCUUAGGUUCAUUUAUUUAGAUGAGUCUAUGGUCCACGGGGUCACGAAGAGUCGGACACGACUAAACGACUAAACAACAACUCUCAGUAGUAGACUGAGUAGCAGGCGUUUCCAUGUGCUGCUCUGGUUCGCUAGAAGUGGCUUUGUCAUGCUGGCCACAUGACCUGGAAGCUGUACGCCGGCUCCCUUGGCCAAUAACGCGACAUGAGCGUCACAACCCCAGAGUUGGUCACGACUGGACCUAAUGGUUAGGGAUCCCUUUACCUUACUCUGAGUAGAACGUAGUUGGAUACAACCCUGGAUGUUUCAACUUGAGCAGAGUAUGCACAUUUAGUUAGUGUUUAUAAGUUUAUGCCACUUGUCCAUUAUAAAAAUACCGAAGGUGGCUAACAAUAGAAUUUGCAAUUCAAAAUAACCAAUCCAUAUAAGAUGAUAAGGAACAAUAUAACAAAACUUUAUAAAAAUCAGUUAUGAACACACACACGCACACACGCACACGCACACGCACACACUUUUGGCUUGUUUGGCAUAAUUCUGGUUCUGUGCCAGAGCUCCAUGCGGUGUCCAGUGCUGUGUGUUCUGCACAGCCUUUUUUCUUUUGGAAAUUAUUUCCAGUCUUUAUCAAUACAUUUCUAAGCUUAUUGGCUCAGAGUUGCAGCAGAAGAGCUUGCAUUAUGAAGAUGUUUCUCUCUUAGCUUUGCUCAGAUACAGUCAGAGGUGGGGACCCAGGGGCAAGGAGGUGGUUCAGCAGGCAGCUCAGUCUGCAGCAGCCUGACAGGUUGCUCAGAUGGAAGAGCCAGGUCAGGCACAGAAGCUUUAUGGGAUCCAAGAGGGCACUCUAUUGGCUCUGUGUGUCAUCUGAUCCCUUUUGGGCUAGUAGUGGCAGUAGCAGCCUCCAGCCAUGUGAAGCGGUGCUGCAGCACCAGCAUAGAUCAGGUGAGCUGCUUCCUCCAUACUACCUGCAAGUUGCCAAAGUGACAGAGGAAAUAAAAUGCCUGGAACAGGUAUGAGAAACCUGGGGACAUCUUGUUGCCGGACUCCAACUCCCAUUUUCCAUGACCAUUGGCCAGGUUGGCUGGAGCUCAUAGGAGCUGAAGUCCAACAUCUGGAGGGGCACAGGUUCCCCAUCCACAGCUGAAACUCUUGAACACGUCCUCCGUUUAGGACCCCAGCAUCUCAAAGAUGCCCCUGAAAUAACAGUCCUAAACAUAAUUGCUGCACUGGGCAGAGCUCAGCCCAGAUAUUGAACAAAGUAGUAGCUGCUGUUAUUAUUAUUGCUUGUUAUGCAUCCAGCACAGUUUUUUUUUGUCGUUUUCUCCUCCUCUCAAUGCUUGGUUGUGUAUUUGUCGGUUGGACUGUUUUCUGGGUGUAUAAAUGGAAUACUGUAACACCCCAAAGACUCAAUUGGGAAGACAACACUUCCCGACUUAGCCUUUGAUCUUCUUCCCUCCCUUCCCUCCCUUUGUAGAAUCAGAAGGGACCAUGAGCGCCAUCUAGUCCAACCCCUCUGAACGGCAGGAAUCUUUUACCCAAUGUGGGGCUCGAACCCAUGACCCUGCAAUUAAGAGCCUCAUGCUCUACUGACUGAGCUAUUCCUUCUUUUUUUAAAACACACACACACACACACACACACACACACACACCUUACUUGGGUAAGCCACAUGCCUUAGAAACAAUUCUGUCCUGAGGGAUCUUAAAACUAUCCCCUUAGUCCUCUUCAUUCCCCCUCACACAAUUGCAUAGUUGGAAAAGCAGGGUUGCGCCUGAUAUUUCCGCCAUUGCACACCGGCCGCUGGCUGUCCAUGCGCAGGAAAAGGGAUGCAUAGAGGGCAUCCGCUCUACGCAGAUGAGUUCUGAAACAUGCUGCUGGAGCCUACAUACAGAGAACAGGCUCGCCUGUACAAAUAUCCUGCAAACAUCAUGCAGACUUGUCUGCUAAUUGCAUUUUUAUUUUCUAUCCCACUGCUUUCUCCAAGGAGCUCAAGGGGGCAUACAUGGUUCUCCCCCAUCCUCAUUUAAUUGGGUAUGACUGAAUUGGGUUCUGGGCAUACAGUGCUCAGUUGAAAUCCCAACAGCGUUAGUGAGGAAGGCAGGAGUCGAAACAUUUAACUUGCUAAAGAGUGUUAAAUCUAUCUCUGUUUCAUCAUUCACUUAUCAAUAUAUGCCCAUGGAGACUGUUUCUCAGCUGCUGUAUAUAAAAAAAUUGGUUUGGAAACUCAAGAGCAUUUCUCAUGUAGUCUGUGAUAUGACACAGGGGGCUUUUGGUCAAAGGAUUAAAGUAAAAAUUCUCGAGGGUAUGUGGAGUUCCUUAGGCACACGUAAAGUAGUUCUUUGGAUCCUAGCCAUAGGAACACUUGUGGAUGUUUUCGUCUCACCAUGUAAUAAUAAUGUAUUAAGAUCAGUUAUCCUGGGGUUUGCUUGUGAUGCAUGUAAACUUGCCAGAUGUUCCUUGAUUCCAAGGGGGUGUUUCAACUGCAAUAAAUUAUAAUGGAUGUUUCUUAUUUACCACUGCUGCAGCUCUCCUGAACCUCAUAGCACAGAGUGCUCUAUUUUUGCAGUGUCUCUUUACCGUAUUGUCAUGGUGUGGUGGUAGGGAGGAGAGAGAGGUUUGGCAGGCUGGGAUCUUGCGCUAAGCCUGAGAGGGAGGCACUGUUUGGCCUCUAGAGCAUUAUAUGCAGUCCGAUAAAUGUAGAGAAGGCAGUGCUGUGCUGCGUUCAGAUGCAGAUACCGUGCUGAUUUUUCUACUGUUCCACUGAGGGACAUUAUUGUUCGCCUUUCCUGCAUUAUUGAUUUGAGUCUUCUGUAAAAAGUCAUGCAGGGGGGAAAAUGUAUCGACUCAGAGCCUGCAAGAGUUCUAAAAUGCUAGCAAGCAAGAUGAAUGGAAGGGAUGGUAUUCACACACACACCGUGCUUAAUUUACAAGCCAAAUGCCAUUAUGUGGGCAUAAAUUAUGUCUAAAAAUGAUUUGCAUUUAAAAUUGAAAUGGGUGGAGCAGUCACCGAGGAGCCUUUUGCUUUAUUUCUUGUGCAUUGGCAAGGGUUAACAACUAUUAGAUCAGCUCAGCCAGCCAGUCAGUAUAAAAUAAAGUUAAUUGGACUUGCCGAAAAUCAAAUGGCCUCAGUCUUGCACUAAUUCCUAAGUCUCUGAUUUAAUAAUGACACGGGAGACGAAGGACUGGAAAGGUGCUGAAUGACUGUCUAAACCAAUCAGCAGAGCUGUAAAUUACACUUCUGAGAUUCCCAGUGGCAGAUUGAGACGUGUGGUUGAAAUCGCAAGGGGUGGAUAAAGCCGUACAUGGAAGCAAUUUGUCAAGAUUCCCCAGCUUACGUAAAUUGGAAUUUAAGCUUCAUUUUUAAUUCUCUCUUUUUCUCAGCAUUUCAGCUGCCAAGAGGGACCGCACAUUUGGGAUCAGGAGGAAGAGAAGCCCCUGAGCGGAGGGGCUGGUUAAACGCUGGACUAGAAAAUAAAAACAAGUCAAUUAGGGACUGAAGGUUUUUUUUAAUUAAAACAACAACAACAACAACAGACCAGUGUCAAUGUAACAUUUCAUGCUUACAUGAUGACUCUUCAACAUCAUCUAAUGAGCACAUACGAGAGGUAGUUAUUUUGGAAGCUAUGGUACAGAAGGUUACCUUGUCUCGAGAUAAAACAGCCAGAUGAAUCUUUUCAGCCAAGCUCAGUUUCGAUAAUUAGUUAUCACACUAUGGAGCCCGACAGCAGGGACGACAUCGACUUGAAAGAGGAAACCGCACAGGUGUGGUCUGAAUCGGCUGAGCAGGAACAGAAUACUGCUCAGGUCCACUUUGUCCCUGAAGGUGGAACUGUGGCUCAGAUUGUGUACAGCGAUGAUCAGGACCGUCCUUCACAGCAGGUGGUCUACACUGCCGACGGCACAUCUUACACCUCUGUGGACACCUCGGAGCAUACACUGGUGUACAUCCACCCCGUGGAAGCCACUCAGACUUUGUUUACAGACCCGUCCCAAGUGGCAUACGUCCAGCAGGAUGCAGCGACACAGCAGGUAACUGUGCUCUUGCCUGCUACUCCUCCUCCUCCUCCUCCUGAUGCUGCUGCUGCUGCUGCUCAGAGCAUGAAUCCCACCCACCUCUCUGUGCUUGGCAGCGUUGCCGACCCCUCAGCGGCUCUGGAGCAGGACCCUCAAGCAGACAGAGUAUCAAUACCAGUGCACAGCCAAGUUUUGCCUCCUAUGGAGGCCGUGAAUGAGUCUGGUCCUCUAGAACCUUUGCACAACCCAAUAAGUGAUACGGAAGCGAAAGAGGAAAACGAUGAGGAUGAUGACGAUGAUGAUGACGACGACGACGAGGAUGAGGAAGAUGAGGAAGAAGAGGGAGAAGAUACCGACAUGGAUGAAUGGGAUCCAGAUCCACCUCAUCCCUUUGACCCAAAUGACCUGUGGUGUGAAGAGUGUAAUAAUGCACACCCCUCAGUUUGCCCAAAGCAUGGACCCUUGCACCCGAUCCCAAACCGGCCUGUACUGACCAGAGCAAGAGCCAGCCUUCCUUUAGUGCUUCACAUAGACCGAUUCCUGGGAGGAGUGUUUUCCAAGCGGCGCAUUCCCAAGCGCACACAGUUUGGCCCUGUGGAAGGACCCCUGGUCAGGCAGUCAGAGCUUAAAGACUGCUAUAUCCAUCUAAAGGUGUCCCUUGAUAAAGGUGACAGAAAAGACCGGGGUCUGCAGGAGGAUCUCUGGUUUGAACUGUCUAGCGAGGCUCUUUGCAACUGGAUGAUGUUUGUGCGGCCAGCCCAGAAUCACCUGGAGCAGAAUCUGGUUGCCUACCAGUAUGGCCACCAUAUUUAUUACACAACAAUUAAGAAUGUGGAGCCCAAACAGGAACUCAAGGUGUGGUACGCUGCUUCAUAUGCUGAAUUUGUCAAUCAGAAAAUCCAUGAUGUAUCCGAAGAGGAAAGAAAGGUUCUCCGAGAGCAAGAAAAAAACUGGCCAUGUUAUGAGUGCAACCGACGGUUCAUGAGCUCAGAGCAGCUCCAGCAGCACCUGAACUCCCAUGAUGAAAAGCUGGAUUUCUUCAGCAGAGCAAGAGGCCGAGGUCGUGGACGCGGAAAACGAAGAUUUGGACCAGGCAGGCGACCGGGUCGCCCUCCUAAAUUUAUGCGCUUAGAAGUAACCAGUGAGAAUGGAGGAAAAUGUGUGGAGGGGACACAGGACUUGCUGCAUUUCUCCAGCAAGGGGCAGUUUGAUGAGGCUGGGCAAGCCACGCUGAACGGACUGGACCAACAGGAACAAACACCGGUGCCACAAGAGACGCCAUCAUCCUUGGAUCAGCAGCCCGAGAGCCACCCUUUACAGCUCCAGCCGCAUGAACAGACUGUGGUGGCUACCCAGAGCACAAUGACAGCAGACGACAUGCGGAGAGCUAAGCGUAUCCGGAACGCAGCUCUCCAGCACUUGUUCAUCCGAAAGUCAUUCCGUCCCUUCAAAUGCUUGCACUGUGGGAAGGCGUUCCGUGAUAAGGAAAAGUUAGAUCAGCACUUACGGUUCCACGGGCGGGAAGGAAAUUGUCCUCUGACCUGUGACAUCUGCAACAAAGGCUUCCUUAGUACCAGUGCCCUGGAGAGUCACAUGAAGUUCCACUUGGACCAGAAGACCUAUUCUUGCAUUUUCUGCCCCGAGUCCUUUGACCGCUUGGAUCUGUUGAAAGAUCACGUGGCGAUCCACGUCAACGAUGGUUGUUUCACCUGCCCUACCUGUAAAAAGCGCUUUCCAGAUUUUAUCCAGGUGAAGAAACAUGUACGGAGCUUCCAUUCAGAAAAGAUUUACCAGUGCACUGAAUGCGACAAGGCUUUCUGCCGCCCUGACAAGUUGCGACUCCACAUGCUGCGGCACUCGGACCGCAAAGACUUCCUGUGCUCUACAUGUGGCAAGCAGUUCAAGAGAAAGGACAAACUUCGGGAGCACAUGCAGAGAAUGCACAAUCCGGAAAGAGAAGCAAAGAAAGCCGACCGAAUUAGCCGCUCCAAAACAUUCAAGCCCCGGAUAGCCUCCACAGACUAUGAGAGCUUCAUGUUCAAGUGCCGCCUGUGCAUGAUGGGGUUCCGGAGGAGAGGCAUGCUGGUGAAUCAUUUAUCAAAGAGACAUCCAGACAUGAAAAUAGAGGAGGUGCCAGAGCUAACAUUGCCCAUCAUCAAGCCCAACAGAGAUUAUUUCUGUCAGUACUGUGAUAAGGUUUACAAGAGCGCCAGCAAACGCAAAGCCCACAUCCUGAAAAACCACCCAGGUGCUGAGCUCCCUCCGAGCAUCCGAAAACUACGUCCAGCAGGCCCAGGAGAGCCAGAUCCCAUGCUAAGCACACACACCCAGCUGACGGGCACAAUAGCAACGCCGCCAGUUUGCUGUCCUCACUGUUCCAAGCAGUACAGCAGUAAGACCAAGAUGGUGCAACACAUUCGCAAGAAACACCCUGAGUUUGCUCAGAUUCCAACUAACACGAUACAUGUGCCGUUGACAACAGCUGUAAUCAGUGCUACCCCUGCAGUAUUAACUUCUGACAGCACUGCUGGGGAGACCGUUGUGACAACAGAUUUACUGACCCAAGCCAUGACAGAACUGUCGCAGACACUGACCACCGACUACAGAACUCCGCAGGGCGAUUUCCCGCGAAUCCAGUACAUCCCCGUGUCACAAUCCACAGCCGGCUUGCAGCAGCCUCAACACAUACAACUGCAGGUUGUACAAGUGGCUCCGGCUACCUCACCCCACCAGUCUCAACAUUCCACAGUGGACGUCGGACAGUUGCAGGACACUCAGACAUACGCCCAGCAUGCCAUCCAAGUGCAGCAUAUCCAGGUCACAGAAUCAAGCCCAACAGCCCCAGCAUCUUCACAGGUGGGAAGUCAGCCCUUAAGUCCUUCAUCCCAACCAUCUCAGCAGGAGCUCAGCCCUUCCCAGAUGCAGGCAACCAGCUCGUCACAAAGCCAAACUCUCCAAUCACAGCAAGGUUCUUCGGUCCAGCAAGCAUAUCUUCCCAGUUCAUGGAACUCAUUCCGCAGCUAUCCCUCUGAUAUUCAGAUGAUGACCCUCCCACAGGGCCAGUAUGUGAUUGCGGAGGCAGCUGUAGGAACUCCUGUCACUACAGUGAACACAGGGCAAGUGAAAACAGUCGCCCAGACACAUUAUGUAUUAGCUGAAGGUCAAUCUGACUUGGAUGUAAAGCCAAACCUCUCGCUUUCUAGUGGCAUAGAAGUGGGUCUGUCUCAGUCAUCGACACAUUCUGACUCCUUGGAAUCACAAACGGCGAAUCAGCAGCAAACGACGCAAUACAUCAUAACCACCACAACCAAUGGCAAUGGAAGCAGUGAUGUGCACACGGAAAAGCCAUGAAUUCUCCUUUGUGGCAGAGAAAGGAGGAAAUCCAGCCGCAUCUGCUGACUUUUUAGAUUCAUAAUCCUGAAUAUCUGAGACACUAAGAGAUGUUUUAACAAGUUUGUUUGUAUAACUUGAAUUUCCUUGUCUCGUGCUGAAUUCACAGAAUUUCAGGUCUAAAUGAUACCUAAAGUAGUUCACAGCCCUGUUAGGAUGCCAGCAAUUCCCAGAGCUCUUGAACAAAGAAUGGUGUAAAACAAAAUGGAAACUAAGAUUCUUCUGGACCCCCCUCCCAUUUUUAAUUUAUUCCAGGGGAAUCCUUAUUUUUCAUUUGUUGAAGCCUUCGCAACAACGAAAGGAAAGGUUUGCUGAACACGUAACUGCUGGCAGAAUAUGUCUCAUGUAUGUGUUUCAUACCUGCAGUUUUAAAAAGCAGUCUGUCUCACUAGCUAAUUACAUUUCUUUUGGCUCAAUUUCUUGUGUAGCCAUGGACGAAGGGAAUAUACCAGCAUGGGAAAGGAGGAAGGGAGAAAUAAACAAAUAAAUAAAUAAAUAAAUAAGAAAAUUGCCUGAAAGGAAAGGAACAAUUACUGACCAUUGUUUCCCACAGCAUUUGGGACAGUUGGGACAGUGAAACUGUGAAGCUGUGCAGAAGCAGUUAAGUUAUUUUUCUUUUCUUUUAAAUUUUUUUAAUUUUUGGAAUCUUGUGAACUGUUUACAUGCCGUCUGCACUGUCCUGGUACUCAAUUCUGGAGAGUAUGAAGGAAGCUAUCUUGGAGCCCUCCCAAGUCUCAAACCUAUUCAAAUCACAGGAGCAUUUAAGGUAACACUGAGUUUCAACCUUCACCUUGUUGACUGUGUUCCUUCUGUGCAAGGGGGAAGAUUCCUUUUCUCUAGUAAAUAAGAAUAAAAAGGCUCAGUGAUGUUUUAAUGCGUCCGGCAGCUUUCAUUGUAUACGUUACUGGGGUUUGUAUUAGGGCUGGGGUUUGAAACCUAAGUGCAUUUUAUUAAAAGAGCUGCUUUGAACUUUGUUCCUUUUAUACAGCUGCUGUUCGAGGGAACCCCUUUACUUCACAGUAAGGUAAAGGGACCCCUGACCAUUAGGUCCAGUCAUGACCGACUCUGGGGUUGCGGCGCUCAUCUCGCUUUAUUGGCCGAGGGAGCCGGCGUACAGCUUCCAGGUCAUGUGGCCAGCAUGACUAAGCCGCUUUUGGCGAACCAGAGCAGCGCACGGAAACACCAUUUACCUUCCAGCCGGAGCGGUACCUAUUAAUCUACUUGCACUUUGACAUGCUUUCGAACUGCUAGGUUGGCAGGAGCUGGGACCGAGCAAUGGGAGCUCAUCCCGUCGCGGGGAUUCGAACCGCCGACCUUCUGAUCAGCAAGCCCUAGGCUCUGUGGUUUAACCCACAGCGCCACUCGCGUCCCAGUUACUUCACAGUAUUGGAUGAUAAAUCCCCAACCUUCAGUUCAGCAUAGCUGGAGAUCUUGUAUUUCUGCUGCCUGAAAUAUUUAAUUCAUUCCUCUCACACCCUUGCUAGGUGCUGUAUAAAAACUGCUAAUAACUGGGCUGUUUCAUAAAAUGACCAACCUUGCACUCAGGAAAAUGAACACGAAGACAGCAAACCACCAUUUCAGGGCAGCAACAAAAGACAUUAAAAACAACAACUGCCUGACUGAAUACGCCUGGGGCAUCCAAUGGGAACAUCCCUUGUGAAAGGCAUAUUAUUGAAAUUCAUGGGGUUGUGCAAGAGAGCUGUUCUGAUCUUGUGGGUCCCCCCCCUUCAUUUCCCUGCUACAAGAGGCAUUCCAGGUGAGACAAGGAUAAAGUUUGGGACCAGAUAAAGGAGAAGCUGUUUCUUUAAGGCACUUUAUUUGCGUGCUGGUCCUAUUCAGGAGUCUGUCUGCUUUUGAAACCAAUUGGGAGGCAUCAUUUCAACAGCAAUAUUAGGGCAAACAGAAGCUACAGAUUUCUUUUUACUACUGUUGGGAGAUAUAUACUACCUUGGAGUGCGGCUGUGUAAUACACUGCUUUUAUUCCAGGCCUCUUCAACCCUCUGGUGCUGUGAUGAAUUGUAUAUGGAGCACCUUCAUCCUUUCGUUUUGAAGUGUUAAGUCGUUUAAAUAGGAACAGAAGUUGUUCGGGCCAUCUCAGCCAUCACAAAAUCAGCCUGGCACCUCAGUCAUAAACCUAUUACUUGGAAGAAAAUCCAAUUAAUUCCAGUGAAAUGGACAUACAUAUACAGUAAUGCAGACAGGAGCAGGGAAGGAGGGAGAUGCCUUCCUCAAUAAAUGGCAAAUGCUCCACAGCUUGAUUCCAUGAUAACACAAUAUUGUUUUUUUUUAAAAAAA